AUGGCUAAAUUUACUGCAGAAGAAGUCAAUGCUCUUCAAGCAGGUGGAAAUGAGAGAGCAAAGCAGAUUUAUUUUAAAGAAUGGAAUUCUUUACGUCAUUCUUAUCCUGAUUCCUGUAAUAUACACAAGCUUCGAGAAUUUAUCAAGCAUGUCUAUGUGGAGAGAAGAUUUACUGGUGAAAGGAGUAAUGACAAUAUUUCCAAUAUUAGAUUGAAUAAUAAGGAGGAAUCCUAUGGAAGUAGGAAGAGUAAUUCACUUUGUUUUGAGUUCAAAGGUCCUCAUUCAAAUCCUGGUGCAAGAAGUGAUGACACAAGUUUCAGAUAUUUAUAUGAUGAAAGUAGAAGUCCUAGAUAUACACAAAAAUAUAUCAGGCAAGGAAGCUACACUAGGAGUCCUAUAAAAUUUGAAGUUGUUGAUGACAGGUUUCGAGAUGAUGACUAUAAAAGUCGAAGACAUUCAAAUUUAGAAUUAAAGCUAAGACAAAUUUCAAUUGAUGGUCAGAAGAAUGUGGAUAAAGCCCAACUCCCUGUUACACGUUCUUUGGGAGAUAUAUUAAGGGAAAAUGCUCUAUCUCUACACGAGGUCACACCUUCUGGUGGUGAGGGUUCUAUUGAGGAAAAUCCAUCUGAACGAGUUAUAAAUCAAGAAAGCUCCACUAGUUUGAGUUCAAAGUCUCAGGUUUCUGAUGUUGUUGCUGGAGUUGGAUCGAAUACAUUGUGUUUACCACAAUCAGAUGAAAGUAACUGGGCAAUAUUUGAACCUUCAACAGAGGGCAAUGAUCCUAAAAUUCCAAGCACAAAUAACUUGAAACCUUCUACAACAGAGGCAACAUUUGAAACAACAACAUCUGCAAAAAAUCCUUUAGACCUUUUACUUUUUGAAUUGUCAGGCCCUUUGACUCCAGGGACUGGUGGCAUGUCACAAGUUCCAAGUGGUGAUAAUAAUGAUCCAACAACUAGAAUAGUAGAAAAUGCUUGUACUUGGGAUUUUCCACCUACUUCAAUAGAACAAAAAACUACAACACCCAACAAUACUAGUUUUUGGUCUCUUACAUCAAAUACUACCACUGAGUUAGCACAACCUUCUAAUGAAUUUCCUCCACAUGCUGAGGUACAUGAAGCAAAAGACUCCAUUAAAGUUUCACAUGCACAAAAACCAUCAAGCAUGCAAUAUAUUCCUUCUAUAUCAACAGGUUAUAGCUCAACCAUCCAACCAACAAAUGCAUUAGUGAAAAAUGUAGCUUCAAAUAAUCAGCCAUCAAUUGCUCCUAAUACAAACGACACUUCAAGUGUUUUUGCUGAACCAUCUUCUCAAAUUACCUCAAAACCUACUCAAGAAACCAGACUUGAUGUAGGUUCUAAGUUUAGUAAUGUGGAAACUAGGUCUAGUGGAAGAAUGGAACUUCCAGAGGAUCUUUUUACAUCAAGCUACUCAGCUGGCCCUGCAUCACAUGUAGGUUGGCAAAAUGUUCAACCUCAUGGCAUGAAAUAUGGCAUGCAUUAUUACCCUAAUGCUAUGCCUCCCUCAACCCUUCCCAUUACGCCAAAGUCCACAAAUCCUUUUGAAGUAAUUGAGGGAAGAAGUCUAACCCACGCAUCUUCACUUCCUACUACGACAUCUUCGCAUAGUAGAAUGCCAGCUGCAUCACCCAAAACAGGAUUAAUGCAUGUUUCAAGCCUAGGGUCUUUAGAGACAAUGGCAUCUCAGCCUCCAAAUUAUGCAUCCCCAAUUCCUAUGGGAAUAUACAUUGAUCAAGUUAAUAAGGAGAAACCUACCAGACCACAGAGAGCUGACAGCUUCAAUAGUGAGAGUUCUGCUUUUGGACUUCGAGAUACCAUUCAACAUUUAGGUGGGGUGUAUGAGAUCCCCAAAACUACAAAUUCCUUUUCCAAUACAAGAGGAAACCCAUUUGAUUAG